AUGGUUCCCUCACAACAAGACAUCUUUUGUUCCUCGCGUCAUAUCGAUUGUAUUCUGCCCGAUGAGUCUCUUUUACUCCCGCGCCUUCUUUGCCUUCACGGCGGUGGUACCAAUGCACUCAUUUUCCAUGCUCAAUGCCGAGCAAUACGGGCCCGCCUCGACAAGACAUUUCGAUUUGUUUUUAUAAAUGCACCCUACUUUAGUCAUCCUGGACCAGACGUUGAAUCUGUUUAUGCUGAAUGGAUUCCGUUUCGUAGCUGGAAACGACCAGGAUACGCCUUUGACAACGAUUCGUCUCAGUUCUCUUUUACGGAUGAAGAAGAGAUUGAGAAGAUCGACCAGUGUCUCGCUACAGCCAUGAACAGAGACGAUGAGGCUGGAGGUAGGGGUCCUUGGGUUGGUCUCUUGGGUUUCAGUCAAGGAGCCAACAUGGCAGCCAGCUUGCUGCGGAGACAACAGACCCGGAAGAAGGAUGCUCAGUUGGGAGCACCGACCGCAGCUGUGUUAGAGGCAAAUUUCCGCUUUGCCGUACUAAUGGCAGGCUGCGGGCCAUUGCUAUGGAUGCGAUAUGAUGUAACGGGUGACGAGCUUGAGCGCGAAAAGUACGAGCGUCUCUAUUUGCCAACCCUUCAUGUUCAUGGAUUACGGGAUGAGAGAAUAGCCAAGCAUAGAGAAUUGAACUAUUACAAGUUUGACUUCAACUCUAAUACCUCCAUUAUUAUGUCUGGUUCUCAAAAGCUGCUUGGAAAGCAUGUCUUGGUUAUAGGCGGCACAAGUGGAAUCGGUCGAGGUGUUGCCCUGGCCGCAAUCCGUGACGCUGCUCAUGUCACCGUUGUUGGCUCGUCACAGGCCACAGCUGACAAGGCCGUCAACUACAUCAAGUCAGAGUUUCCAGAGGCCAAAGUAUCUGGAUACAGCUGUGAUCUAGACGUGGAAAGCCUUGAAGUCGACCUAGAGGCACUUUUCGAUAAGAUCGAUCCAGUAGACCACAUUGUCACGACGGCUGCCAACUCCCACCCGCACCCGACAUCGAUUCAGACUAUAACAGUUCAAGACCUCGGACUAGCGAACAGGAAAUUGCAGGCCAUGGUAAUUUUGGCAAAAGUUGCUUCGCGACGCCUUCCUGCAAGCCGGCAUUCCAGUCUGACAUUUACUUCGGGGAGCAUCGCAGAUCAGCCCCAGCCUGGAUGCAGUGUUCUUGCAUACAUAGCCCAAGGAAUGUCAGGCUUCGUUCGUGGUCUGGCCUUGGACAUGAAGCCUGUGCGAGUUAAUCUUGUCAAGCCCGGUUACGUCCUAGACACGGGCUUGUGGUCGCAGAUUCCAGAAGAGCAAAAAUCGAAUCUGCGUGAUACACUAGCAAACAAGAACCCAACUGCUAGUGAGGGUUUGGUGGAGGAUGUUUCUGAAGCAUAUAUAUAUUUGAUGAAGGAUGGAAACUGCACUGGAGAAGUUGUCAGCACCAGGAGUGGGCAACACUUAGUCUAG